AUGUUACCGUGUCCGCGAGUGAUUUCCGGAGUGUUGCUGCUCGUGGCAGCCGUGUCGUGUGUGGAACUUACCCAGCGGGAUUGGUGGGAGAAAGCCGGCUUCUAUCAGAUCUAUCCACGUUCGUUCAAGGACAGCGACGGCGAUGGGAUUGGUGAUCUGAAUGGGAUCACCUCCAAGUUGCAGUAUCUGAAGGACAUUGGGGUGCGAGCGUUCUGGAUGUCUCCCAUCAACAAGUCUCCGAUGGUUGACUUCGGGUACGACAUCUCGGACUAUCGGGCGAUUCAGCCGGAGUACGGAACGAUGGAGGAUUUCGAGCACUUGGUGACGGAGGCGAAACGCGUGGGCUUGAAGGUGAUUAUGGACCUUGUUCCUAAUCAUUCUAGCGACAAGCAUGAGUGGUUCGUCAAGUCGGAGAAUCGGGAGCAGGGCUAUGAUGAGUACUAUGUGUGGCACGAUGGGGUGGAUAAUCCGCAGGGUGGAAGGAAGCUUCCACCGUCGAAUUGGGUGCAGGCGUUCAGAGGAAGUGCGUGGCAGUGGAGUGAGAAGCGGAUGCAGUACUAUCUGCAUCAGUUUACGGUCGAACAGCCGGAUUUGAACUACAGGAAUCCGAAGGUUGUUCAGGAGAUGAAAGAUGUGAUAACGUUCUGGUUGGAUAAGGGGGUGGAUGGGUUUAGGAUCGAUGCGGUGCCUUGUUUGUACGAAGCUGAGGCGAAUGGAUCUUUCCCGGAUGAACCAAUAAGUGGAUUGACGAAUGAUCAGGAUGAUUUUGACUAUUUGACCCACGUGUACACUCAAAACCAACCGGAGACGCUGGAUAUGGUGUACCAGUGGAGGGAGCUGGUGGAUCAGUAUCAGAAGGACCACGGUGGAGAGACUAGGGUCCUAAUGACAGAAGCGUACACUAGUUUGGAAAUCUUGCAUGAAUACUACGUUAGUCCGGAUGGUCGACUGGGAUCGCAUAUGCCGUUCAACUUUGGGCUGAUAACUGACUUGAGAAUCAAUUCCACAGCGGAGGAUUUUGUGAAAGUGGUACAGUCGUGGAUGGAGAUCGUUCCUCCGGGGCAUGCGGCUAACUGGGUGAUGGGCAAUCACGAUCGUUCGAGGGUCGGCACCCGUUCCGGUACGGAGCGUAUCGACGCUAUGAACAUGAUCAUCCACAGUCUACCGGGUCCUACGGUGACCUAUCAGGGUGAGGAAAUUGGAAUGACCGAUGUGAUUAUUUCUUGGGAAGAAACAAAAGAUCCAGCGGCUUGCAAUGCUGGGGAGGAGCUGUAUGCGCAGAAGUCACGGGACCCGUGUCGGACGCCAUUUCAGUGGGACGAUUCGACAUUGGCUGGGUUCACCAACGGGAGUACAACGUGGCUGCCGGUUGGUCCGAACUAUCGAACGGUGAACGUGAAAGUGGAAAAUGGUUUGGAGAAGAGCCAUCUGAAGGUGUACAAGGCUAUGAUGAAGCUUCGCGAAAGUAAGACCUUUCAGCAUGGCUCGGUUAAGGCGAGUGCCGUUAAGGAGAAUGUAUUGGCGAUCGUGCGGGAAUUGCAGGGCUACAAUACGUACAUUACGCUGGUGAAUCUUGGCGGUGCGAUCGAGCUGUUUGACGGGAUAGCGUUGGCUAGCCGAUUGCCGUCGAAGCUGAGAUUCGAGGUGGUGGGAAUCGACUCGCAUCAUGUUCGAGGGGGAGCUGUUGCAACGAACGACAUCUUGUUGCUUCCUAAUGAAUCGUUUGUUUUGGUUGCUAGAGUUGCACCAGUAGACAGACUGCACGAAUCUAUUUGCGAAGCUUGGCUGGAGCAGUGAUGAAGGGGGGUUCGAACAAGGAAGUCUGAGCCGGACGAUAAGUGUACAAUAUAAAUAAUUUAUUUUGGUAAAAUUUAGAUGAUUUAUUUACAAUCAUACUGAAUGGAUGCAUUGCUUAAGUUGACUUUGUAUUCGCUCGUUUAAAACACUGGUUUCAAGGGAUUUGUUCAACAGUAUCUGUCCGGUAGGCUUCCCUAUGCAUAUAGUUUAGUAUCAACCUAGAACGUUUUCAUUUUUUUUACGCUUAUCACAAUCCUUCUAGUCUGAUUCCCUUCGAAGUAGGUAUACGUCCGAGACUCGAUGAACACUUUUCGUAUCAAUGGCAUGCUGUAUUGUUGUCGUUUCUCGCCUUCCCGCCCCGCGCUUGCAAUCGAUGAUGGUCGAAUGUUGUUUGCUUCAAGAUUGUAUAGUAAGGUCUACAAUCGCUUCUAAUAUCAAUAAGGAGGUAAUGCUGGCGUCUUCCAAUGGGUUAGUUGUUGUCGGUAAUCAGUGUGUGUGUAUUGCUAUUCCACAGGAACUCCACUGGAUCAU